UAGCAAAGAUGUUGUCAAGAUUCAUUUCCCGAUCCCCCCGUAUCUCUCAAGAUUCAAUUCUUGCAGCUUGCCAGAUGAGCACAGCUAAGGGACAUGUUAUUGGGGUAGAUCUAGGAACAACAAAUUCCUGCGUCAGUGUUAUGGACGGUAAGACGCCACGCGUUAUAGAGAACGCUGAGGGAUCACGUACUACACCAUCAGUCGUAGCCUUCGUUAAAGACGGUGAAAGACUGGUGGGGACACCUGCUAAGCGUCAAGCUGUUACUAACCCUGCAAAUACGGUAGGAGCUACUAAACGACUCAUAGGAAGACGUUUCGAUGACAAAACUGUCCAGGAAGAUAUGAGGACACAAUCGUAUAAGAUCGUAAAGGCGUCUAAUGGUGAUGCAUGGGUUGAGGCUCAGGGCAAACUCUACUCUCCUAGUCAAAUGGGUGCUUUCGUCCUCACUAAAAUGAAGGACACUGCAGCUGCUUUCCUCGGUACAAGCAUUAAAGACGCGGUUAUUACUGUACCAGCUUACUUCAACGACUCACAAAGACAGGCUACCAAAGAUGCGGGACAGAUCUCUGGGUUGAAUGUACUCCGAGUUAUCAACGAACCAACCGCUGCAGCAUUGGCAUACGGUCUCGACAAAACUGAAGACAAGAUCAUCGCUGUGUAUGAUUUAGGUGGCGGAACCUUCGAUGUCUCUGUCCUUGAAAUCCAGCGAGGAGUGUUCGAGGUCAAAUCAACGAAUGGAGACACUCAUUUAGGCGGAGAAGACUUUGAUAACGUGUUAGUAGACUUCUUGUGCUCAGAGUUCAAGAAGGAACAAAAUGUUGACCUUUCCAAAGACCCAAUGGCCCUUCAAAGGUUAAGAGAGGCCGCCGAAAAGGCUAAAAUUGAGCUAUCCUCUGCGUUACAAACAGACAUUAACCUACCAUACGUGACUGCUGAUGCCACUGGACCCAAACACAUGAACAUGACCCUCUCCAGAUCUAAGUUUGAGUCCCUUGUUGGAGCCAUGGUGGACCGAACAGUCCCUCCCUGUCAGAAAGCUAUUAAAGAUGCUGAUGUCAGCAAGUCAGAGAUUGGUGAAGUGAUCCUCGUAGGUGGAAUGAGCAGAAUGCCCCGAGUUCAAGAAAUCGUCAAAAACACAUUCGGUCGCACUCCAAGUAAAUCUGUGAACCCAGAUGAAGCAGUAGCUAUGGGAGCAGCCAUCCAGGGAGGAGUAUUAGCGGGAGAUAUUUCAGAUGUGCUAUUACUCGACGUAACACCACUGUCUCUGGGUAUCGAGACUCUAGGAGGUGUUAGCACUAAACUGAUCACAAGAAAUACCACCAUCCCCACUAAGAAGGGACAAGUAUUCUCCACAGCUGCUGAUGGUCAGACUCAGGUAGAGAUCAAGGUUCUCCAGGGAGAGCGAGAAAUGGCUGCUGACAACAAAUCUCUCGGUAACUUUGUCCUCUCCGGAAUUCCUCCCAUGCCUCGAGGUACUCCCCAGAUCGAAGUGACCUUUGAUAUCGACGCUAAUGGUAUCGUUAACGUGUCCGCCCGAGACAAGGGUACCGGUAAAGAACAGCAGAUCUCAAUACAAUCUUCCGGAGGACUGUCCAACGACCAGAUUGAGAACAUGGUGCGUGAGGCUGAGAAGUAUGCCGAUGAGGACAAGAAGAGAAGAGACCGUGUUGAAAUCAGGAACCAGGCUGAGGCAAUCGCCAACGACACCGAAAGUAAGAUCGAUGAAUUCAGAGAUCAGCUGGAACAGAGCGAAAUGGACAAGAUGAAGGAAAAUAUCCAAGAACUUAAGGAUAUUAUCGGGGAUGAUGAUAAGGAUGCAGAAGAGAUCAGAGAAAAGAUGAACGAGGUUCAGCAAGCUUCGUUGAAAUUAUUCGAGAUGGCAUACAAAAAGAAGAUGAACGACAAUGAAGGCGGCUCAAGUGAAUCUAGCGAAUCUAGCGGCUCAGAAAAGCAGACAGAUGCUGAAUACAAAGACGCGAAAUAAUUUCACUGUAAUGUGAUUGGCGAAGACUCACUUGAUCUCUAUUUUUGUACAAAUUAAAUUUGUUCAGCCUUAUAUACUGACUGUAUUUCAAAUCAGUCCAGAGAAAUAUCAUCCCAUAAAUUUACUGACUGUAUUUCAGAAUCAGUCCAGAGCAAUAUCGACCCUCUGUUACCUAAAUUCCAACAAGCUCUAAUUUUUACUAAUUUAUUUACUGAUUCACUUUGA